UGUAUUUAUUAUCUCCAGAAAUGUGAACUAUUCAGAGGGGCCGAGGCGCGCUGCUACAGGAGCCCACGGGUUCCAUUUUUCCUCGUGGAAUUUCGCGCGUCUGCGGUCAAUCUCCUGAAUAAUUCCAUCAUUUGCACUCUUAAUUUACACGCAUUCUAUGCGUUGUCCUGGCGAAAUGAACGUCCUUUGAUUUAUUUCAUCAAUGAGGAGGCUGGUACUGGAGAUGUGGCGUGCGGGCGUGUAGCGUCACGGGCGGUGUGUCAUUCCACACAGAUCGCAUGUUGAUCACGAAGCCGCUUGAUCCGGAGCUCCGCUAUCUGCGAGACGUGGCAGAUUAUAUCAUUUUAAGGCCUUUUUUCAAAGGAUGCAGAUGUAACCGUUUUUGUCUGGUGUAACGAAAAGUGUACUGGAAGCAGGAUGUCCUUCUACGCCGUCAUUAUACCGGUCCUUUAUGUUAUUUUCUCUGCUUGGCAGGUGAGUGCAAAUGAGGACUGCUUGUGGUACGUGGACAAAAAUGGCACCUGGCACAAUGGCUUUGACUGCCCGCUCAUAACCUUCUGCUGUGGGAACUGUCACCGCCGUUACUGCUGCCUGGAUGGCUUCAAGAUGAUCACCGAGGCGGGACAGAAGCGCUGCAUGCUGUUCCAUCUCAGCCCUUCCACUAUAGCUGGCAUUGCUUCAUCGAUCCUGCUCUUUGUGGCUGCUAUAGCAACCAUGGUCUGUUGCUUCAUGUGUUCCUGUUGUUACCUGUACCAGCGUCGCCAGCAACGUGGCAGAACUCCUUAUGAAGCCCAGCAUAUUCCAAUGGCCAGCUAUCCUGUGGAGCACAUGUACGAUGCUUCUGGUAAACCCAUUGGACAUCCUGAUUAUCCUGGAUAUCCAAUGGUGCCGCAAUAUCCAGGUGUCCCCCACCAUUAUCCUAUGAUGCCCCAGGGUCCUUAUCCUCCUGACGCAGGAUACAGUCAAGCAGCUCCUCCGCCAUAUUCCCCUCCCCAGUACCCAGGGCACUGAAAGAGCUGAAGUCCCUCAGCGAGGAGAAGCUUUCAUGUGUCACUAAUCAGCGAGACUCCUCCCACUUUAAUCCAGCAACUCACAGACUCAAAAGACUGCUUUAAACGUGCCAUUAUGUUUUGUCAAACUCUCCAAAAUGGAUUGUUAAAUAUGACUUUCCUGCAGAAGGGACUGACUGCCAGUUCUGACUCAUCCAGGAUGUCGUUCUCUGUUCAACCAAAUAAGAAGCUUGUGUCAUUUGCACUUUAUUCUGCAAUAGACAUGCUUAGCUGUCUCUCCCCGUUUGUUUGUUCAAAAUGUAUUUAUUUGAGCAUGUCACUUGCAUCAUUAACAUCAAUUCAUGCUGUACGCUUUUCAUGUCUUAUAGACAGCUAACAUGUGGACAUGAAACGUAGAUGUUAUAUAGACAGUUAACAUGCAGUAUGUAAAUAAGAGAGAACUUACAUUAGGAAAGAAUUUCAUGUUUCAUAGCAUCCAACCAAACUUCAUUCUGUGCAUUUAAAGGUCGUCAACUCUCGUUAGAUCUGGCUUGAGGUUGAGCUGUAAUGUUAGAUUUGCAUGUCUUUAAUUGUAUCUCAUGCUAUAGGCCAGUUGUCAAGGGAAUCACAAAAAUGUGUGCAUUCGGUUAGCUGUCCGUCUGUGCAUUUUUAUUUGUUUCAAAAAGCUUUCAAAGUAAUUUAUGUUGUUUUGUUACCUACAGUAAGACAAGUUUAAACAAUUCCCUUUAGUUUCCCUACAAGUUCUGAAAAAAAGUCUGAAUAGUGAGAUGUAAACUCAGAAUUCAGGGAAAAAUUCAUAAUUGCAAUGUCACAAUGGUGUGGUCAUAUUUACCACUGUUUAGCAAAAUUUUGCAGGCAAUAUUUUCAGUAUGAAUCCACGCAUUCAGGAAUUUCUCAUGCGGGCGUAAGAUUUUCUAAUGCCGAUUUCACAUUGGGUUCAUUGGUCAUGCAAAUUUGCAGUGUUGACCAAUGGAAAGCUUCUUGAUUUGAAAGUGACUUCUGUGUGAGCUGUGCUUCAUACAACACUAUUGACAACAGACUAUGGACCAUUUUUGCCUGCAAAUUUUUGCCAGAAUUUCACUAAUGUGACUGCACAUUAAAGCGGGACUUCCAUUGCCGCCAUAUUGAAUGUUCCAAUUUUUCGCAUUCAUAAGCAUGAGUGGACCAUCGUAAAUUAAUUUCGAAGUUCAUCAUAAAUGACAUUUUUCAAUGAUAAAUUAGAAUGUAAAUUAAAAGAAUUAGAUUCUCAUUAAAUUGUGUAUCAGCUUAAAAUAAUUCACCAGUUACAUUUGAGGUGCGAUUUUUGAUUUAAAAUGAUUUCUGCUACCUCCUCAUCUCACAUUUGUAAGAUUAGUUGUGAUGCUUUUUGUCCACAGUUUAAAUAACUUGUUAGUUAUUUAAAUUAAUGUAUAGUUAACAGUGUUGUUUUUGCGAUAUAAACAGCAUAUGCUACUGUAUUUGUCACUUUGGAAUGUAAAGUACAAAUAAGAAAAGGAUCUAUAAAGAGGAAUUUUUACAAUGUGGAAUAUUAACAGGUAUUUUCAACUUGGGAAAAAAAGGUGAUUAAUAGGCUACUAGUGUUUGAACUUGCACUAAUCAUCCUAUAAGAGAGGUCUAAUUGAAGGAGUAUUGCAUAAUUCUCUUUUUACAAUAAAAACAGAUUUGACUUUGCAUGCCGUCUCCAUUAAUGCUGUACC